AUGGACAAAGAACAGGUUAAGAAGGACCAGAGCCGCGGUCAGGAGACGACCGGCAAGUCUGAGUGGAAGCAGCGUCCCCCUUACCGCGUCCACGAGAAAAACGAGGACUUUGACGUCAAGUACGAGGCCAACUGCCAUUGCGGAAAGGUUCAGUACCAGCUCAGCCGAAGGGAGCCUCUAGACAGCAAGCUGUGCCAUUGCACCACCUGCCAGACACAACACGCCGCACCCUUCCAAUGGGCCGCCAUCUUCCACAAAGACGACAUCAACUUCACCAACGGCCACCACGACCUAGAAUGGUACGACCCAACCGACAAAUCCAUUGAGCACAAGCUGCCCUGCAAAGUGCGAUGCUCCUACUGCCACUCGCCCAUCAUGGACGAGGGCCGCAAUAUGAUCCUGCUCUUCCCCUCGCUUGUGCACCUCAAGACCGACGAGGACAAGGCGUACUUCAAGCCCCGCUGCCACAUGUUCUACGGUCAGCGUGUUAUGGAUAUCCCGGAUGGUUUGCCUAAGUGGAGUGGGCUGAGUGGGGAUUCCGAUCUUAUUGAGGAUAGCCCGCCUGAUAUGGUUAGGGAGCAUGAGAGGAAGCGUGAGGAGGAGAGGCAGAAGAAGUUACAGGAGGGUGAGCCCGAUGAGGUUACUAAGGAGGGGACGCAGGGGAGGAAGGAGGGCGGUGGGUCUAACUCCAAGUAG